AUGUCGGCCGGAGCCCCCGUGCUCGCCACGCGGGUCCUGGCCGUGGCCAGCCAUGUCGUCUCAGGCUAUGUCGGGAACAAGAUCGCCGUCUUCGUGCUCCAGGCGCUGGGCUGUGACGUGGCCGCCUUGAACACGGUGCACUUCAGCAACCACACCGGGUACAGGCAGUGGACGGGCACAAAGGCCUCGGCCCAGGAGAUUGCAGACAUCUACAGGGGGCUGAGCCAGUCCUUUCUCGACGACUUUGACAUGAUGCUCUCGGGCUACAUCCCCGGCGCCGAGGCCGUCGCAGCCGUCGGCGGCAUUGCCAAGGAGCUCAAGGAAAAGGCGCGAGGCGCGCCCGGCAGCUUCUUCUGGGUCUUGGACCCCGUCAUGGGCGACAAUGGCAAGAUAUACGUCGCAGAGGAUGUCGUCCCCGCCUACAAGUCGCUCGUGCCAUAUGCCGACUUGAUCCUCCCCAACCAGUUUGAAGCCGAGCUCCUGUCUGGCGUCAGCAUCGUCGGCAUGGAGAGCCUGACAGAGGCGAUUCAAGCGCUGCACGACAAGUACCGCAUCCCGCACGUCGUCAUCACCUCGGUCCGCCUCCCCGCCGCGGACCAGCCGGCCGACCAUCUCUCCGUGGUGGGUUCUAGCAUGACGUCCGACGGCAAGGCGCGGCUGUUCAAGAUUGUCUUUUCCUCCAUCGACUGCUACUUCUGCGGCACGGGCGACAUGUUUGGCGCCCUCAUCACCACGCGCAUGCGCGAGGCCGUCGAGCACGUGCCCGGGUUGCGCGAGCGGCCGAGCUGGCUGAGCAACGAUGCCACGCCGGCGCUGGAGCUGCCGCUGGCCAGGGCCACCGAAAAGGUGCUGGCGAGCAUGCACGAGGUGCUUUCGCGGACCAGGGACGCCAUGCCCGCCGUCGUGGAGCGCACCCGAGCCGCCAUGACCGAGGGCGAGAGGGCCGACCAGAGGAAUGUGCACUACAUCAAGACAAAGGCUGCUGAGCUGCAGCUGGUCCAGAACCUGGACUGCCUGCGCACCCCGGCGACGGAGUUUAGGGCCAAGGCGAUAUAA